AACAAAAUGAUAGAAGAUGUUUUAGUAGGGGUUUAGAAAAAGCAACCGGGAAUUGAGAACAAAAAAACUUGUUUAACACGAAAGAAGAUGAAGAAAAAGGGGUUUCCGUUGCAGAGAAGGUCUCAGAAUGCCAAAUCACGAAAAUGGCAAGCAUUUGGAAAUCUAAUUCAGCGAGAGUUGCACUUCGUUCUAUUACCCGGUCCUUGGCGGCGGCGGAAUCAGCUACAUCUGCUAACCACCUCACUUCUUCCAUUCCCUCUCGACUCUCUUCCAUCUGUCAUCUCCGCAGUUGCCGAGAUCUUAUUUCCAGCCACUCCUUAGCGUCUGCGUUAACUUCAACUACUAACCACACCUCAUAUCGAUUCUCCUCCGUUCGUUAUGUUCACUUUCGUCGCCGUUACUAUGAUCAUAUCUCCAAGCAAUAUGCAGAACCUCCGAUGAACUUUGGAAUUAACUUUGUGCCGGAGCAGACAGUGUAUAUCAUUGAGCGAUAUGGAAAGUACUUUAAAACUCUUCCUACCGGCGUCCAUUUUUUGAUCCCUUUUGUUGAUAAAAUUGCUUGCGUCCAUAAGCUAUGGAUAGAAACUCUUAAACUUAAUAGCCAGAGUGCUUUCACCAACGAUAACAUUGGCAUGUUCGUAGAUGGUCGGAUUGAUGUUAAGAUUGUGGAUCCUAAGCUUGCUUCCUAUGGAACUGAGGAUAAUCCCCUUUAUGCUAUCCAUGAGCUGGCUCAAGCCACAAUCCGUGUUGAAAUCCGUAAAAUUACUUUAGAUGAUUUCAACAAGGAAAAGAACGAUACACUGCCUAAAAAGAUUAUGGAGUCCAUUAAUGUGGCUGCAAAAAGGUGGGGUCUAGAGUGCCUUGGAUGUCGGAUAAAUGACUCUGGCACGAGAUUGAUGCCACAGAAUGGUGCAGACGACGAGUAUUCUAGCAUAUGGGAUCAGCCAAAAAACGCACCAAAGUUUCCAGCACAUCAAUUGAUCAAAGUCACAAACGCUUAAAUGCAAAUACAAGAAAUCCCUUAGCUGACAUCACAAUUGUUGCGAUUCCUUUAAUUGAUAGUCAUGGUACCAACAACAAGUCUACCCAUCUUGGUCCUGGAAGGCAAGUCAUUAAGAACGCUAUAUUGCAACAGAAUAAUAAGUGCGGCAAAAGACGGAUUGAAGAUACUAAUAACUUAUGAAGAUGGCGACAAUACAACUAUGACCUCAAAUGUUGUUUAUCAUGAAGUAGUAAUGUAUGAUUAUUAACGUUAAAAUAUGUUUCAUUUGUUGUUCCAUAUGAUAAAAUAUGAAGUAUUUCAUAUGUUUAUCAUUGUUGUGUACUAUUCAUGUUUAAAUUUUAUCAGACUUCUUCCAUUGGAUAUUAUAUAUUCAUUAUGCUGUGACUUUUUCGUGUAUAUUUUGCUCCGUAGGACCCGUGCCAUAAUGUUCUAUUCAACCUUGACAUCAAUCGUCACACCUUGCAGAACAACGUUGAGCAUAUCCUCUUCAUUAUUCAUUUUAGGCACAACAACCUCGAGCAUACUGUUUUCCAUCUUAGCUGUAAUCGGAUGUUUGCAAUAUUGCUCAGUUAAC